UUAGGGUUUUAGGGUCUGCAUUUUCUUCGUCCAGUUUCGUCUAUGCCGCGAGCGCCAGCGGCGUCGUCGUCCUCGUCCUAGAACUGCGAGUGAUCGCCGCCGCUGUGGUGUGUUUUCUCGCUCACGCGCGCAAUGUGGAAGGUCCGGAGAGCAGCGGCGUGUUCCUCAUCGCUUCGCAAAUGGUGCUUUACAGAGAAGAAUGUGCCUCGGUGCUCACCGGGACUAGGGAGCUCGGAUUCAAGAGCGGCAUUUGCGAGACGGUGCUUCUCUCGAGCGCUGCUGCCUGGUGACGCGACCAGCUACGUGAAAACCAGCCGGGGUCUCUCUUUCUCGUAUCGGGGCUUCGCCACCAGGCACGACAGCGCCUCCGACCUGUCCGAGAGCGACGAGUUUGAAGAGCCCGAAUCGAGCAGCAGCCUAAAAGAGAUCGAGGACGAGCCAGAGGAGACCAAGGAGGAUGAAGACGAGGAAGAGGAGGAACACGAGGACGUGAACUCGCACGAGCCGGUUACCGUGAAGUCUGUGGAGAAAUCGAAGUCUGAGAGGCGGCUUACGCUGGCUCACAGUGACAAGCUGGAGCAAGAGCUUCUCGCGAGGAUCUUUGCUUGCAAGAAGGACGAGAGUAUGUCCUCGGUGCUGGACAAGUGGAAGGAGGAAGGGAAAGAUCUCACCGUGAGCAUGAUCGUGACGGUAAUCAACAGGCUGAAGAACUCUAACCGGAUGGCUCAUGCCUUGGAGAUGAUCGAGUGGGUCGUGGAUGAGCCCGAUUACAAAGACUUCAAGUUGGCGAGAUCCUUCCAGCUCGAGAUAACUGCGAGGUCCAAGGGGAUCGCGGCCGCUGAGAAGCUGUUUGAGGAGCUCUCGGCCGAGGAGAAGACCCGGCCCGUGUACAACGCUCUCCUCACUCGCUACGUCUUUCUCCACAAUGUGAAGAAGGCCGAGGGGCUGUUCGAGGAGAUGGACAAGGCCGGCUUCCUGUCCCAGAGCCCCUUCGCGCUCAACCUCAUGAUGAAGCUCUACAAGCACAAGGGCGACAACGCAAAGUUCCAGGAGAUGCUGGAGAAGGCCAAGGACGUGGCGGUGGAGCCGAACAUCUUCACGUACAACGUGAUGCUGGACCUCAAGGCCAAGGCCGGGGACGUCGAAGGCAUGGAGAAGAUCUUCGAGGAGAUGAAGCUCAAUCCAAACGCCAAGCCGGACGGGACCUCCUACUUCACGCUCUGCAAAGGCUACCUCAAGGCCGGGCUCACCGACAAGGCGGAGGUGAGCCUCCUGCGGAUGGAAGUCGGGCCCUUCCGGAGGACGAAGGCGACGUUCGAGUACAUGAUGCUGGCUUACGGUCAGCUGGGACUGAUCUCGGACGUGGAGCGGAUGUGGCAGAAGUGCAAGAUGGUUCCAGGCGAUGGAUUCAACAGCUUUCUGGCGUUCCAGCGGGCGAUGGCGCUGGCAGGGGAGGUGCAGAGGGUGGAUUCGAUGUUCAAGCAUAUGGACAAGUGGAAGCGGAGCAAAACGGUGGACUUGAAGCGGCACAACAACCUGCUGCUGGCGUACUACAAGAAGGGGAUGAAGUGCGAGAUCAAGGAGCUGGAGAAGAAGAUGAACGAGAUGGAUCUGAGGGUGACGCUGGUGGACUGGGAGAAGGAGCCGAUCAAGAUGAGCAAGGCGGCCAAGGCGGUGGUGAGGAAGGACAAGGAGAAGGAGAUGGCGGCGAGGAAGGGGCUGGAGGAGGCGGUGGAGAAGGCGGACGUGAAGGCGGCGGAGAGCGCGUUUGAGAAGUGCAAGGCGGGCAACAUGGCCAAGGUUGGGGUGUGGAACAAGCUGCUCAAGGCAUACGUGAAUGCGCAGGUACCCGCCUAUGGAUUCUUGCAAAGGAUGAAGGCGGAGGGAGUGGAGGCGAACGAGGAGACGCACAGUCUGCUCAAGAAGUUGCAAGUUGAGGCUUGACAAUCUUUUAGCUCUUUUAUCAACUUAGCAAAAAAGACCAUUGUACGGUUAAGAAUUUAGUUUAUAGGGAUAUUCCUUGACCUAAUGGAAUAAAAGGUUAGGGAACAUCUUUACGCA